AUGGAAAACGAUUCUCAACAGAAAGAUGGAGAUAAUGACAAAUAUUCCAAAAAACCCGUAAACAUAAGACAACACAAAAACAUUAAAACUAACAAACGGUUGGGAAAGAAACGGCGCUUUUCACGCCCUCCUUCUGAAUUAGAUUUACAACAAAUAUUCCCUCAACCGUUAGAAGAUGGAUUACGUUAUGGUGUAAUACCAUUAGAUGGCCGCGCCCAAUUAGAAUAUCAACUCGAUCAAAAACUGAAAAAAAUCCGUGAGGAGGCAAUAUCAUUUUCCGAGCUCUUAGAAGAUCUAAAACAAUACGCGAUAUUAUCAAAAAUUGUGAAGUUGUGUAAAUUCCAGGAACGAUAUCGGAGGAAGAGAUCUAAACAGAAAAUUAAAGUUAAGGCACAACUAUUUCCAGAUCAUUCAGUUUACAAGGUAAAAGGAAAAUACCAAAAUUCUGUUCAUGACGACUUUAUUGAAAAUUUUAAUACCAUAAUCAUAGCUGGAAAAAGAAUGUGCCCCUCACAAGACGUUAAUAUUCAUGAUAUUGGUGUAACAACCUGUCCUUUCAAUGGAAAAAUAUACACCAAUUUCUUGGACCAAACGACGGUUCCCACUGUUUAUGGCAUUGGUGAUUGCGUCUAUGGAUGGCCAUAUGAAAACUACAGUAGUGUAAUAGCAGCGCAGUACCUCGUAAGGAGAUUAUUUUCGGAUUUCGAAGAAACGCCAGAAGUACAACUAGGUAUCAGUACUGUUCAGACCUACCCACUUCAAUACGCUUUUGUAGGCUUAUCUGAAGAACAAGCUAGGAGUACAUAUCGCAAAGUCGUUACGUACAUUGGAUCGUAUAAACCAAAACCUAAUCUCUGGCUGGCGAAUGACGAUAUUUCUGCAACCCUGAAAUUCGUUUGCUACGAGGAAGCUCCGGAAAUGGAAAAAGUGGUAGGUAUCCAUUUUUAUCAUGAACAAGCACCAGACACCAUACAAGGAUACGCUGCAGGAAUGAAAACUGGCAUCUACUAUAAGGAAGUUCGAGAUUUAGUAGCCACUAUUCCUGUGCACAUGGAAUGUGCGUGUCAACUUAACAUGGACAGAAAGGAAUAUGAAAACUUGGAAAUAGAAGAACUUCCGCAUAUUGAUAUUUAUGAAUCUAAUUCACAAAGCAAUAGUAUUUCUCUAUAUGCAGAAACAGAAACUGAAAGUUCCUCAGAUGAAUAUAAACUUUACAUUCCAGAAUCAGUGAGCAGUGAUAAGCACGAUAGUUCCGAAAGUAGUACUGAAGACACAAGCAUUGAAAAUGAAGAAACAGAUACGAGUGAAUAUUAUUCAGAAGAAACCAGCGAAGAAGAAACAUCCGAAGAACAAACAUCUGAGGAACAAACAUUCGAAGAAGAAAUACAAGAAGAAGAAGAAGAAAUACAAGAAGAAGAAGAAGAAAUACAAGAAGAAGAAGAAGAAGUACAAGAAGAAGAAGAAAUACAAGAAAUACACGAAGAAGAAGAAAUACAUUCAAACUCCUCAGAGUUAGAAGAAGAAGGAUUGGAUGAAGAAGAAUCUUUCGAAUCUUAUGUAUCUGGUGCUAUGCAAAUUGAACAAAUCAUCGAAACAGUACAUUCUGUUGAAGACUCCGCAAUACACUCCCAUUCAGACAGCGCUGCUUUGACAGCAAUUACUUCAGUGACUCGAUUUGUUAGCACAUUUUCUACUCCAGAAGAGGAAUCUUCCUACGCCCAAGAUUAUGUACUCCCAGACCUAUCGACUAUCGACGAUUCAAAUCCAUUUAGUUUGAUCGUUGAGAAAACCGUUGCUGAAAAACAAAGCUCAGCAUCAGAGGAAACGUCAUCAGAAUUGUUUCAGACUGCCACCGGUAACAAUUCAGCAUCAGUUAUAGUUUCAGAACACGCUUCUCUUGAACAAAAACAAUUAGAAAUAUGUGAUAAAGAAUCCGACAACUCUUCCGUACAAAGUUUAAAAGAAAGUCAAUCAUCAGCAAAUUCAAAAUGCUCAACCCUAUCAGGACGCAUACUAGAUCUCGAUGCGCCUGAUGUAUAUGUGCAUUUUGAAGAUAAAGCUAGUGCUGAUGAAAUUCGUGAUUAUAAAAAAACGGAAUUAGGUGAAUGGAGCUCCUCAUGUCCGUAUGGAUCAGCUCUUCAACUACAAAUGCUUCGAGCUGCCCAACUCAGAGAUCCCAACCAGAAACCAAGGAAAUCGCCUUGGCUCGCACUUCUUUCAUUAGAUUCAGGUAUACGUAAUCAAAUCAAGAAAUGCCAUUCGGAUCCAAACAAACAUGUACGCUCCCAAAAACAUCACAAAAUUAAUAAAACGUCUCGAAAACAAUCAAUGAAUUUAAAGAGAUCAGAUAACCCGCCGGUUCAAAGACCUAUUGGCGAAAGUGAAGAGGAGCGAAAAUCAAAUUAUUCUUUAGGAAAAGUUGACAAAGAAAUAGAAAGAACUUCCUCCAAGUUCGAUAGAUCUCAAUUUACAGAUCUAUUUAAACGGAAAUAUAAAAGUUGGAAAAUAUUUCAACCACCGACAUCCAAAGAAAAAACUAAUACAUCGCCAAUAAACUUGUAUACGAAUUUGUGUUACAGCACAUUUACGGACGAAGGACUUUCGGAUUCUAUUUCAACGCUUUACUCAUCAACAUCGACUGCCUCAACAGAAUCCGAAAAAUCAAAAGAUCCUCCAAGGAGAUUCAUAAGUUAUCCGAUUAUUCAUGUCCGAGAAACAAGUCUCAGCAAUAGUAAAGAAAAACAAGGAAAUAUCGAUUCUAAAGUACAAAUUAAAAGCGCAAAAGGAACCUCGGACAAUCGUAAAGCAAUGAUUUCUGAUCCUGUUACUACUAUCUCGAGCAUUAUUUUAGAUAGUUCAGACUCGAGAGAAUUUAUACAGAACGCAUCAACAAAGGUAGAAGAAUCUCCUAAAAAUCCCCCUACUAGUGCUGUAACACGAAGUGCCUGUGACAGAUGGUUAUUUUUCGACUCCUUAGUAGAACGGGAGAAAUCCAAAAUUAAGAAGAAUUGA